AUGGAUGAACUCACAUUCAAAGCUAUAAGCUUCUUAAAAAUACUAUCCUUAAUACUUUAUUCUAUUCUCUGGAUAUAUAAUGAAAUCAGUGCGAAAAUUAUACCACGUUUGGCAGAUGAAAUUUUAGGUGUUGCUUUCGCUUUGUCGAUACUACUUUUUUGUUGUGAAGUGCCUAGUUUAUAUAGGGGUUAUCAAGAAUGUUCAAAUGUAAACAGCGGUACUACUCUUCUUGCCUAUCUUAUUCUUGCAGUAGCUUAUAGUAGUGUAAUUAGUAUAGGAAAUUUAAAUACAGGAGAA